AUGGACCGAGUGACCAGAUACCCCAUCUUCAGCAUCCCCGACUCGCCAGGCAUGGCGGGCCUGGCUCUCAAUGGGGACGCCAGCUACACGUACCAGCUGGUGCAUGUGGAAGCCUCGGACAGCGACUGGGGCCCGGACCAGACUGCAGGGUGGGGCGGUGACCGCAAGGCCCAGCCGGACGUGCUGCAGGCAAGGGCGCCCCGCAGCCUGCGCACCUGCCUCGGCCAGCCGUCCCUGCGGCCCGAGGAUGAAGAGGAGGACGAGGAGGUGGACGAGGAGGUGAAGGCCUACGGCCUGCAUAGCGGGGACGCCCGGCCCAGGCGGCCGCCCGACCUGGAGCAAGAGCGCCGGGCGGUCAUCCAGGGCCAGGCGGUGAGGAGGAGCGGCACGGUGGCCACGCUGCACGGCGCCCCUGACCCGGGACGGCCUCCGCUCAGCCCCCUGGAGGACAGCGUGGUGGACAGGGAGCAGAUUAACUUCCUGGCGGCGAGGCAGCAGUUCCUGAGCCUGGAGCAGGCCAACGCCAGGGCCCCGCCGACCCCGCCGGCCCCGGCCCCGCAGACGCCGCAGACCCCGCCGGCCCGGGCCCCGCAGACCCCGCAGGCCCCGCCAGCCUGGGCCCCGCAGAACCUGCAGGCCCGGGCGGCUCCGGAGUGCGCUCCCCCCAGGCUCAGCCAGGCCCCCCAGGCCCCGAACCCACCGCUCCUCGUAGCCAAUGGCUAUGGCUACGCCGCCUCGGCCCAGCCCCGGGUGAAGGAGGUGGGCGCGGGAGAGAAGAGGCUCCGCGGUUUGCCCCAGGGGCCCGGUGUCCAGGCCAUAGGAGACCCCGGCGCCUGGCCCCCCGCGCGGUCCCCGGAGGCCCCCCCGGAGACGCCCAUCGAGCGGGAGAUCCGGCGGGCCCAGGAGCGCGAGGCGGCGCUGCGGGAGCAGCGGGGGCUGCGGCGGGCCGGGGCCCCCGAGGAGCUGGUGCAGAUCCCCGCGCGGCCCCUGCUGGCCACGCUGAGCCCGGCGGCCCCGCGGCGGGACCGGGGGCGCCCCUCGCUCUACGUGCAGCGCGACCUGGCGCAGGAGACGCAGCGGGAGGAGGACCACCGGCGGCGGGAGGAGGACCACCGGCAGCGGGAGGGGGACCACCAGCGGCGGGAGGGCCUGCAGGGGGACAGGGCGCCCAAGCCCGAGGGCAAACCCGGGGGUCCCCAGCCCGGACUCAGGAGAGCGCUGAGCUCAGACUCCAUCCUCAGCCAGGCCCCAGACCCCCCCAGGGCGGCCGACCCCCCCACCCCAGAGCUGAGGAAGGUGAGCCGCAUCCCCCCGGAAGCCUACCAGCCGUACCUGGGCCUGGGGGCCCCCCAGCAGCAGGUCCCGGCCUCCCCCGCACCCGGCAGGCCCGGCGGGCUUCCCGCGGGCGAGGUCAAGGCCUCAGGGCCGCAGAGGCCGCCCUCGGAACCCUCCAGAAAGCCUCCGGGCACCAAGCAGGAGGCCUGGAGGCCCCCCGGGGGGGCCCCGCCCGCCCACAGGGGCAUCGUGCGGUGGGAGUACUUCCGCCUGCGCCCCCUGCGGUUCGGGGUCCCGGAGGCGCCCCGGAAGGCGGAGGCCCCCCGCACCUGGGGCUGGGAGGUGGCCGGGGCCCCGGCUCUGAGGCUGCAGAGGUCCCAGUCCUCCGAGCUGCUGGAGCGGGAGGUGGAGAGCGUGCUGAGGCGGGAGCACGAGGUGGCGGAGGAGCGGCGCCACGCUCUCUUCCCCGAGGUCUUCUCCCCGCAGCCCGGCGGCGACGGCGACCCGGACUCCAGGAGCUCCUCCCGGGCGUCGGGCACCACCGGGAGUUACUCAGUGUCCGAGUCACACUUCUUCACCCCCAUCCGCCUGCACUCGGGCCUGGUGUGGACGGCAGAGGCCCCCGCGGAGGCUGCUCCUGGGCAGGGAAAGAAGAAGGAACAGUGGUAUGCCGGCAUCAGCCCCUUGGACCACGUCAACUCGGAGCUCCUGGAAGCCACGCGGGUGAUUCGCCACAAGAACGCCAUGGCUGAGCGCUGGGAAGCCGGCGUCUAUGCCAGCGAGGAUGAGGACUGA